AUGUUUUUCAUUUUAUUGGUUCUUCCGGAGUCGGUGCGAUGGCUGCUCGCUCAUGGUCGACAUGAAGAAGCAAAGGCAAUCAUUACAAGAGUAGCUGCCGUCAACAAGGUCACACUGGAUCCAGAUGUACUCGAUGACUUUUUAUUGAAGGGAGACCAGGAGAAGAGAGUGACGCACACUCCUGUUGAUUUAUUUAAAACUCUGAAUAGGGCUAAAGUUACUCUGAAUCUUGCUUUCGUCUGGUUGGUGAACGCUUUGGUAUAUUAUGGCCUCUCCUAUGGUACUCAAGAUCUCGGGGGCAACCUGUACCUCAAUUUUACACUUAUGGGCAUGGCAGAUAUUCCCGGACAGUUACUUGCGCUUUUCAUUUUGGAUAGGAUAGGGCGUCGGAAGAUUCUGCUAAUCUUUAUGGUAUUUGGGGGACUGGCAUGCAUUGUUGCUGUUCUCAUACCAAAAGGCCUGCAAUGGCUGACUGUAACACUGGCUUUACUGGGGAAGAUGGCAAUAAGCACCUCCUUUGCUAUCAUCUAUAUUGUUACUAGCGAGAUCUAUCCCACUGUGAUAAGGCACGUCAGCUUAAGCGUUCAUUCCUCGGUUGCACGGUUAGGUGGUCUUUUGGCCCCUCAGAUUCUCCUCUUGGAAACUAUCUACAAGCCGCUGCCGUUCAUAGUAAUUGGGUUGUGUUCCGUGACCGCCGGAGGGCUGACGAUGUUGCUGCCAGAGACCCUGGGAAAACCCCUGUCUCAGACCAUGGCCGCUUUCGACACGGUGAUAAAUGGAAGUUCCAGAACAGCAAUGCAUCAGAAGCAAGAGGAGUGUGUCACUAAUACCGACGUAUAGAAAAGAUCAUUUUUUGGCAGGAAAAUAUUUCAUUAUGACUAUUCAACAGAAGAAUUAAAAGUGAACUAGUCACCUUUACUGAAUUUCUUCGUCAUAUCAAAGUGAUAAUGACGCUUAUGGACGAACCAAACUAAGGUCAUUGGUAUCGAUACUUGGAGAACAAAGUGUACAUAUAUAUAUCUAAAGACUCUGUGUGUCUUAAAGCUCAUGAGUUAACUGAGUUUCAUGACCUACUUUUUACACCAUUUAUCCUUUUUGCGAUUGCCCAAAGUUCAUUGCAUGCAUUAUCAGUUUAAGUUUGGGGAAGACAUUCUAUAAAGCCUUAUUCGCUUCGGCGUGAGGAAAUAGGUUAACUCUCCUUAAUGUUGAUAUCAAAGUAAAGAUAAAAAACAGAAUGGCAUUGCAUUCCUUUCUUUAAUGAUUCAAAAAUCGCAAUUUAAACAAUUUUACUACAUAUUGCCGAUACGGUUGGAUGCGU